UGCGAUCCUUUUGCGCUUGCCCGGGGGAGGGUUUCGGGCCCUUUCCCCAUCGCCCUCCCGCUCCGGCAAUCCUCGAACACACACAUAUACACCAACCAUCUCCCAGACAUGAGGAUAUCAGACCCACCUGUCCAACGCCACGACUCCCCCUUUCACGACACGGAGUUUUUCCGGUUUUUUUUGUUCCAGGUGUUGUUUCCAUUUUCCGCGCUCCUCCGGUCCUUUUGUUGUGGCCGCGAUAUUUCCAUCUGUGCCUCUGUCGCCGACGCGCAACAGAAGCCACACGCUCUCUUUGCUCUCUCUCUCUCUCUCUCUGCUCUCACACACCGCCCUUUUUUCAAUAUCUCCCGUCCAUAAUUUUAACUCUCUCUCAAUCUCUCAAUCUCUCAAUCUCAAUCUCAAUCUCACAUCACAGCCCUUCUCUUUUCCCCAACUGUUUUCCAGUCCGGGAAAAAAAACACCCACCUCGAUCCGCGCUGUCGACAUCG